GCACAUUCCCGUCCUCCAUCUGGCGGUAGCAAUGGACAAACUAAGGUCCAAGACGCGAUGGGCGCGCAACAGAAGCGCCGAAGCCCCAGAGCCAGCAACUGCCGCCGACUCACAGAUGCCACGCCCACCUUUAGCACAUCGUAAUUCGAGCACCCAGGCCGUCAAUGAGGGCCUUUUUGCUGCCGACCCAGAAACUAAUGCCCAGGAUUUUGGAGCGCGUCCUGUCAUCGAGCCUCCUACAUCGUUGGAGUCAUCGGUUGACGCUGGUGAACAUGUCCCCAAACCUACGAGGAAGGCAGACCCGACCUCGCAUGUCACGUAUAACACCCUCAAGACACAGCGAGCAAGGAGUAGCUCUGCGCCAAAUAGAGGAACAGCACCGCAACAGUACCCACGACGACCGCAAGUUGGCCGUGAAGCCAGUAUAGGCAUACGACGCAUGCCAGCAAGCCCCGCUCUCAGACAAGUAUCCCAGCAACCAAAUCCCUCGACCCAGGGGCUGAAUACGUUGCCCGUCCUGGAUGAGAACCACGAGUUGGGAUCGGUUGAUUCCAGCAAUGGCAGUGACCCGACUCUCACGAACCCUGAUCAGAGUCGGCUGCGCAAGGCCAGGAGCGCGAUGCAGGUCAGGAUGCCAUUUUGGGGUGCUAAGAAGGAUCAAGAAAAGACACUACCCACCACUGCCAAUGCUCCUGCUCCCGCAAAUGACCCAUCGGCAAACUAUACGUCGGGCAUGGUCGAUGUCCUGGACACGCUCGAUCCCGAAGUCGCCACCCUCACCUCCUUGACCAACAUGCAGAACUCACUCUUCAUCCCCAAUCUGCCUUUCCUCAACCGUCGACCCACGUACAACCUGCGCCGCCGCAAGAGUGCCGAGGAAAGUCUGGAGAUCAAUCGGAUACUGCGACCUGCCUUGGCCGCUCAGGCAGAGGAGCAGCAUGCUCCCCCCAGACUGCAGCGAUCAGAGACUGAGGGUACCACGACUACCAUGAUGACGAUAGAUUCACAACUGUCCGAUUCACGGUUUGCGGUUCUGCCAGAAGACACGGACCUCUCUGGUUGGAGUGUGGCAGACAAGAAGGAGGUCAACGAUCACGUCCGACAUAUGCUGCACUCGAGGCGAUCAAGGAUGAAGCGUUCGCUGAAGGGUUUUGGGCACUAUGUCAGGAGACCCCUUGGCUUCUUAGUCACCCUCUACGCCUUCCUCAUCACCGCCUUCGGACUCGCCUGGGUCCUCUUCCUAAUCGGCUGGGCUAACGUCGGCGGUCAACAAAUCUACGUCGUCCACAUCAUCGACAGUGUCCUUGUCGCCCUCUUCGCCGUCGUCGGUGACGGCCUCGCACCCUUCCGCGCUGUAGACACCUAUCACAUGAUUUACAUUGCCCACUACCACCACUUCACCUGGUCCCGCCGCAAGAAGGAGAUGCUCCCCGACCUCACCGACCACAACGACCUUCCCGCCGAACACGCCCCCGUCUCGGGCCCCCGCGUCACCGACCCCUCCGACCCAGAGAAACAAUGGGAAUUCACAGUCCUAACCCCCAAACAGCAGGAAAAACUUGAACACCACCAAUCUAAAUUCUGUAAAUCUCACUCUUUUUACAAACCCCAUGAGACGGAAACUCAUUACGCCUUCCCGCUUCGCUUCCUCGUCGCCAUCGUAGUACUACUGGACUGCCACUCUCUACUGCAAAUCUCCCUCGGCGCUUGCACAUGGGGUAUCUAUUAUAAACGCCGUCCAUUUGCCAUCACCACGGUUAUCCUUUGUUGCUCCAUUGCCUGUAAUGCGACUGCGGGUUUGCUUAUCUGGCUCGGCGAUAAGCGCACGAGAAAGACGGAUGUACUGGAGCGCAUGAAUAGGCAGGAGUUGACGGAGGAGGCGAUCAAGGAGGUCAAAAAGAAGAAGGAAAAGGAGAAGGAGAAGGGGGAUAGGAGUAGUGAAGAAGAGACGGAGUCGGGCAGGGAGAGUAGAGAUGCUAGAACGAGUAGAGAUGGGGGUGUGAGGAUGAGUGGAGCGGAUGGGGCGUAG